AAUCCAACUGUUCCAUUUGAAAUGAACAACCUGGUAAGAAUGAUGUCCCAUCUAAUGUGUUUCAUUUGUUACCCUCAUUGUUAUGAUAAUGGACCUACUUCAUGAGGACGACAAUUGGACACCAGUUCUCUUACGUAGAGUAUACGAAGGUUUUUUACAGCCAGACAAGGUUCCAGAGACAAAGCCGGGUGGACCUGUAGUUCGUAGGUCGAUCCCACUCCCGAAUACAAACGGUUUUACCAGCACCGAGAACUUAGUCAUGAAAUCCGGAAUGCUACAGGCUAACCACACUGGGAUCGUUAAUCCCGCCUUCACUGAAAAUGUCGACAGCGUCAACACAGAGGCGCCAUCUUGGAGCGACACGAGCAGCACCAGUGACAACAAAGAUCCAAAUAGUUCGCGUGCCUCAACUCUAACAAGAACUAUGGAAAACGAGGCACUUCCGGAACCGGACCGGAACUACAGUGUUAUUAAUGACACAAGGGACUCAACUCUUUCAUCGAACCUCGACAAAAAGACGGCUAUAAAACCGUGGGAUGUGUUCCGUAUUAUGCCAAGGAAAAGUAACUCUGUCUUUGAUGAUCUGUUCGUAAACGUUUUAAAGAAAGUUGUGAAGGUGAUUGUUAGCAUAUUCCUGACACUUUUCAUCAUGUCGAUGACAAUACUUAGCAAAAGUAUGUUGUUUCUCAUAACAUCAAACAUUUACACGAAUGUGACGUUGGAUUGUGUUACAACAUUGCUACCACGGGAAGUAACGUCUUGCCGUCGAGUGCUUCCGGACGAACCUCUGAAAGACACCUUUCAGUUUUCGCAGCAUGUCGAAGUUCGGUGGAUUUGGGCAUUAUUCAUUGUGGUGUGCACGCCCUAUAUGUUUACUUGUGUGAAAUCGCUCUGGAGAGUUUGUUUCAAGAAAACACGGCAUACUAGGUUCAGAGUGUUGGCAUUGGUUCUUGUCAUCGAAACAUUUCACUCCCUAGGGAUCAGCAUUUUCGUAUUUUACCUGCUCCCUACCUUAGACCCUGUGCGAGGGUUACUGUUGACUUUUGGGGUAGCAUUUUUACCAUCUCUACUUAAGAUAUUCGACAACAAGAGCGAGGCAGGAAAACCCGUUUACCUUCUUAUAGCCGACUUUGUCGCAAUGGUGUUUCAAGCCUCUGUGUUGAUCUUGUGGCCUGCGGUCAAUUUGACGCGUGGUGAAAACUUGAAUGAAUCUUGGUCGAUUCUCGUGUCACUAUUUCUUAUUUCGUUAGGAUGGUGGGAAAAUUAUAUCAACAAAUUCACUCACUUAGGGAAAUUUGGAAAUGCCUUAAAGGAGUUUAAAAGAAACAUCCGCCGUAUGAGAACCCGGAUUUAUAUGAUAGUCAGUUUCUGGAAGAUCCUGAUGACGUUUGGAUUUAUGGUCGCCUUGAUUAGUGAAUUCAAAGCUCCUUGUGUGGCAGAACUACUCUAUCUCGGCGACGACAAAGUUAUGAGUUGCCCACAUUUUGUGAAUCCACUAAAUGCUGCCAACGUCGAGAGCAAGAAUUACAUGAACGAUCCAUUCUGGAUCAGUAUAGUGCAGGUGUUUUCUUGUCUUCUGUGCUACACGUUCGCCAAAUCCGCUUGUAAAAUUCUAUUACAGGUCGUAAGUUUUUCUUUGCCUUUGAUGUUAGCGGCCCCCAUAAUGUUAGGUCUCUUCAUGGGGAAUUGUGAAUCAUUCAAACUGAACGGAUCCACGGGUCCGCUUAUGCCGGACUAUCUUUACUGGACAUGUGACAUACAUGGAAUUUCCUAUGACUUCCUGGACAACCUCGUUUCCGACUACUAUCUUCCGGUCACACUCGGCUGGUGGUUGUCCUUCAUGUGGGUGACAUUCCAUAUAUGGAUUCCUCGUGUAGAGCGGUUAGCGCAGACAGAAAGACUUUUCGUCCAGCCUCUCUACUGCGGAGUACUACUCGAACAGUCUCUGAUGUUAAACAGACGUCGGGACGAUAAAGACCGAGAAUCGCGAGGUUCCGAAAAGGUCAAGAAGUUCACAGAGGAGAAUACCUACAUGUCUGCCGAUAAGUUUGGCCCCAGAAUGCCCAGUAGGGGAUUGUCCAUACAAUCCAACAUAACACCUAUGAUCUAUGUGUGUGCAACCAUGUGGCACGAGACGAGAAAGGAGAUGAGUCAGAUGCUGACGUCACUUUUCAGACUUGACAACGACCAGUGUGCCCGAAAGAAUGCUCAGAAAUUUUUCGAUGUUGUCGAUCCAGACUAUUAUGAAUUUGAAGUCCAUAUAUUUUUCGACAAUGCUUUCGAGGCCCACGAUGACGAUGAAUACGAGUACCGAGCCAACACUUUCGUCAAACAAAUGAUAAACGUUCUGGACGAAGCUGCCAGUAAAGUACACAAGGUUAUGGUUAAGAUAUCUCCUCCCACAAAAUAUCCAACGCCUUAUGGGGGUAGGCUAGAAUGGACACUUCCGGGAAACAACAAAUUAACCGUCCACCUAAAAGACAAUGCCAAAAUACGUCACAAGAAGCGAUGGAGCCAGGUAAUGUAUAUGUACUAUCUACUUGGAUACAAACUGGUUGCUCAACCCCUUGACGCGCGACGGAAACAGAAGCUUGCUGAUAACACAUUCAUACUGGCACUCGAUGGAGAUGUGGAUUUCAAACCAGCAGCAGUCCAACUUCUAGUCGAUAGAAUGAGGAAGAACGAGAAAGUAGGCGCGGCAUGUGGACGUAUUCACCCUAUUGGAACAGGUCCAAUGAUAUGGUAUCAGAAGUUCGAAUACGCCAUCAGUCAUUGGCUUCAAAAAGCUACCGAGCAUAUGAUUGGCUGCGUACUCUGCAGCCCCGGAUGUUUCUCCUUGUUUCGCGCCUCGUCCCUGAUGGAUGACAACGUGAUGAGGAAAUACACUACACUUUCGUCUAACGCGAGGCAUUACGUACAGUACGAUCAGGGUGAGGAUCGAUGGCUAUGUACCCUACUACUACAGCAAGGUUACCGAGUAGAAUAUUCUGCUGCUGCUGACGCUCUGACCUAUGCCCCGGAAGGAUUUAACGAGUUCUACAACCAGAGAAGACGUUGGGCGCCUUCGACAAUGGCUAAUAUCAUGGAUCUAUUGAUGGACUGGCGAAAUGUCAUCUCUAUUAACGAAAACGUUUCCGGGUUGUACAUGUUGUACCAGUUGCUGCUCUUCAUUUCGUCUCUCGUCACUCCCGGGACUAUCUUUCUUCUUAUCAUCGGCGCCCUCAACAGUGCUUUCCGAAUAGACCUCGUCACCUCCCUGCUUAUCAACCUCGCUCCUGUUAUUCUGUUUCUGAUUGGAUGUUUCGUGUUGAAGCCGAAAUGGCAGCUCCGUCUGGCGGGCGUGCUUUCGCUGAUCUACUCAAUGGUUAUGAUGAUUGUUAUCGUCGGUCUGGGCCUGGAGAUCAAACGAGAAGGAAUCUGUUCACCGACCACCAUCUUUCUUCUAUUCUUGGUAGGAGCGUUCAUUACAGCGGCCAUAUUGCAUCCCCAGGAGUUUACAUGUUUGUUACAUGGCGCUCUCUACUUCCUGGCAGUGCCCAGUAUGUCCAUGUUAUUAAUGAUUUACUCGAUAUGUAACAUGCACAUCGUGUCUUGGGGAACUCGUGAAAACGCCGUGGCUACAAAUCCAGCAGAACCAAAGAAAGCGACCAAGUCUAAUAAAAUUUCGUCAAUAAUGGAUAAGUUCAAAAACAAGAACCAGGAGGAUAGCGACUACGCCUUUUCGUUCGGGAAUCUAUUCAAGUGUCUCUGCUGUCCUAAAACACAACAGGAUCAAACAGAGGACACAUUUGCCGCCAUUUUGGAGAAAUUAGAUAGCCUUGAAUCUGCCAUGUUUAAGAAAAAAGCAACAGUACAAUCUGUUGAUGCUGGGACGCAUGUAACAGAUGAAGAUUUCAAUGGGAAGGGGACAUUGGAUAACCGGAAGCGUUCGGACGAAUCUGGAAUAAGAUAUAAUCCGAUCUAUCAAAACAAGGCAAUGCCUCAUGAAGACGACACACCUUUUUGGAUACACGAUCCAGACAUUGGACACGGCAAGAUCCGCUACCUCAACAAAGACGAAAAAUCAUUCUGGAAGGACCUAGUAGCAAAAUAUCUCUUCCCACUGGAAAGUAAUGAAGCGCAAAAGAAAAAGAUGCAAAAGGAUCUCCUCCAACUUCGGAAUAAGAUCAGUUUGAUGUUUUUCAUGGUGAAUGCCCUCUUCGUCAUAAUCAUAUUCAGCUUGCAAUUUUCCAAUGCAACGAGUAAAAGUGCCGAUGGGACCCAGGGUUCAGGACUUGCUAUUCCGCUCCCUUGUAGGGACACUGAGACGGGCAAACUACUUUCACUCGAACCUAUCUCACUUCUGUUCAUGUCAGUUUUCGGUAUUGCACUCGUCAUCCAGUUUGUUGCUAUGUUCUUCCAUCGUCUCGCUACCUUCUUGCAUAUCAUGGCUUCAACGGAGGCUAAUUGUAUGAAGCCAAAUCAGAAUGAAAUCGCCCAGAUGGACAUUGCUAGUAAAGUGCAGUUAGUAAAGGAAAUGCAAAGUUUCGUUGAUGACGACGACACUCGGUCGAUAUCAACCACUGGCAGCGAUCUUGAUGAGGAUAGCAGUAUUACUUUAGACGACUCUCCGAAAAUUAGACGAAGAAAGACAAUCAUACGGCUGACAAAACGAAAGCGCCGUCAAGCGCCUCAAGCUGGAAGUCUGGGAGGAAAGUUUCUUAACAAUUUCAUUGAAUUUGCAAAGGAUCUAGAAAAACGUGGAAGUGAAAACAGUCAUGAUGGUUCAAGGAACAAAAGAAAAGGAAGUGACAAAAAGAGAAGCAAAAAAGCUAGGCGAGCACUGGAGUCUCUCGAACAAAAUAAGGAGUCUGUUAUUCAUAAAGCAGAGGUCAUUAAGGAUAGGUGGAAAAACCUGGCUACGAAAGCCAAAUAUGAGGGCCAAGGUAACAACUGGGGCUCCCUGUUACGAUCUGUGAUGGGACAAUCUCGUACAAGCCUCAACACAAUCUCAGAGGACGACAAACGAAACUCGUGGUUACGAGGUUUUGCAAAGAUGACCCGGUCAAACAGCGAGUUUUCGUUGCCAGAUAUGGGUGCCUGGUCAAAUAGGAAUAGUUACGCUGAGCCUAUUUUUAACAUAAUCACGGACGGAAUAGGUCCGCCGGAAGCAUCGCGCCAUAAAGACAAUGGUAAGUCUAUCGGUGUUAUAAACAAUGGUAAACAUGACAGGAACAUGGAUGUCAUUAUUGAAAGCACCUCCCCUACCCGGAAAACGGAACAUAUCUAUGACACCGCAGAUGGUGGGGCGGAAAUUGUGAAUGAGUCAGACUCUGAAACCGAGGCUUCGGAUGCCUCAUCCUCGCGACAUGUGCCGCGUGACAAUGACUUUGAACUAAGGCGAGUACCUCCCGCAGAUCCAAAGCUUUCGAAAGACACAGGUGACACACAGUUAUGAUCUUAGUCACUUAUAUGUUUCAGUAAGUGAUGUUUGUUAACUUAUAUAUCGCUUUGUUGUAGCACUCGUUGUCUUUCAAAAAGUGCAACUUACGAAUGUACAUUAUCAUAUAUGAUGUAAAACAUUAACCAUUCCCUGAACGACUUUGUAACUAAUUGAUAAUUAUACAGUACUUGUAUUGUGAUUGGUGCUUUACUGAUGUCAUAUUUUGAUAUUAUAUUUUACCUAUUUAACAUAACAAAAUAAAAUGUUAAUAUAUUUGUCUUUUGAGCAAGUUCUAUUAUAGUCGUUUAAUAAACAUACGAAGUAUUUGCGUAAUACCUAAUACCCUUUUUCUUUUUCAAAUUGAUAUUUGUAGAAAAUUAUUUGUAAAGUGCUUUUCAAGAAAUCAUACAUACAUUGUGCUUAAACUUUUACUUAUUUGCCAGUAAAAGAAAACAUGAAGAAUCUGAAGAAAAACAAUUUUCUACUCAGGCAUAUGCUUUUUAGAUGUUUUAUGUUUAUUUGACAAAUUAGUUUAUUCAAUGUGUUGUUUUAUGCUAAGUAUUUACAAUGUAGAUUUAGUUUCAUUAUUUUUGUUUAGGUUUUCUGCAUAUGCGUCAAAUGAUAAUUACAUGCAUCGAAUUAUAAUAAUUACAAACAUCCUAAUAAUCUAAUGUAUCAACCAAGAUUUAGACGAAAGUUAUCAUUUUCUUGAUAUCUGGCUAAAAAGGACAAGUAUUCAUUCAUGCUAAGCUGCAAAAGCCUAAUAUCCACUGUCUUCAUAUUCCAUUUUCUAUUGUCCUGAAUAGCAAGUUUGACAGUAAAAAGUGAGUUUGGUUCCGUUUACAAAAUAAUGAAUUUUGUUUACAUUUCGGCUCUAACGGUGCAUUCGACAUCUCAAGAAUAAAGAAUGUUUUGUUUAAACUUGUGAUGAUAACGCCGGAAAUGAUGUUAAAUUCACCUUGUGCGAAAGAGGCCAUGCGCUCUUAUUGCCGCUAGAUAUAUACAUAAGCUUUAAUGGCAAACGUUACCAAUACGCAUAUGCAGGAAACAUAAACUAUCGCCCAAAUGAUAUUUAGUAUGCAUGAUUGUCCACGCGACAUAGGCGUACCUCGGGUCUGACUGAUAUUACUCGUGUGUAACUGGGUAUGACAGGUUUUGGUGUGAUUGGUUCAAAUAUCUUUUCUUUUUAUUAUAUUCUGUAGUAAAUGAACGAUGACAUGCUUUUAUUUGUUACAUAUGCUUUGUUUUAUUUUUGUUGUUUAAAUUUUAUUUUGUUAAUCUGCUAGAUGCGCAAUCGGUAGAUGUAUGUAUUAAAUGAAAUGUAGCUAAUCAUAAAUUCAUGCUGAAAAGUUAUCUGCUAAAAAAUACUGUGUAUUUAAUAUAUCUGUAUCUAUGAUGUACGUUACGUUUUAAAAUGUAACUUAAUUAGCUCAAAUAUGAUGUCUUUCUGCUCGAUUAUAUAUUUUUGUUUGUUUGAUGUAUUUGGUUCCAAAAUUGGCCGAAGGCUUAAAUACUGUACAAUCUGUUUUUUCGCCAUUUUAUUGAUACAAUAAAAUCAUGAAAACUUGAUACAUCAGAAUUAAUAUUUAUAGUAAAAUCAGGUUAAUAAUUUCUGCGAAGAUAAAACGUUUCUACUUAACAAUUUGGGUAAACCGUGAAUAUUUGAACCAUCAAAAAUAAAUGUUUUUGAGUAUUCUUAUAUAUAUACAUGUAGAGUUGAUACAAACGCCAUAGGCCUCUUAAGCUGAUCAAAUAGUAUCUUCGUUGACCACUGAUGUGCGUCAGUGGGAUACCGGAAGAGUACUUAUUUUAGCGGUAAUCACAUUAUAGCGAUUUUCGCGUUGGGAGCAUUGUGUUAAAUUUUGGCUGUGCUAAUAACCGUUUCUCUAUAAUGUUUUCUAUGGCAAGCUUUGUGGCAGCGCAAAUUUAUUGUGGCGCUAACAAAAUUAAUUCGGUGACCCGCUAAAAUUUGAGCUAGCCAAAUUUAGUACGUCUUCAGUAAAUAUACCACCUGUUAUUAUUUAUCCUUACUCCCGAUGUAUCAGGGAAAAGUCCCACUGGUACACAAAAAAAUAUCCCUGCUCUUUCUAAUUAAAGUUGAACAUGCAUUAGGUGCUAAAACGUCAAAUAUGUCCUCUUCCGGUGGGGGAAAUAUAAGAAAUAUGAUGAUUCAUUGUAUACUAAUGUGUUUCAGCGUUGAUCGGACUUGACUUGACAUAAAAAUGUUGUUUCAUAAAUAUGCGAAACACUUAUAUUUUCGAGCUAUUUUGUUGUAUGGAUAUGUUCUUAUUCGUUGAUCUGUGAUGUGUUGUUCGUGGUUCAGAUGAAUUUGUAAUUGUUUAAUGUGUUGUAUUUUGUCAUGUAUCAGAAAAACAUGUACUGAGAUAUGAUCAUUUGAAUUAAUAUGUAUACCUACAUCUCUUCUAAAUAAAGAUUAACCCAAAAA